CCUCUAACCGUGGCUGACUUGACACUGGUGCCGUUCAGACUGCUCCUGUCAUGGACAGGGGUGUUGGACAGAGAGGCCAAAUGAUCCAGUGAACGGCGCGACGAGUCCAGCACAGCAUGGACUGCUGCCCGCCAUAACGACAAUGGAUCGAGUGAAAAACUCCAUGCAGCAAGUACCCAACGCUAUCCCCAAAGUGAUCCGACGGACUGGAGGGGCAAACAGCCUGGAUUUGGAGAAGGAGAACUUUGAGAGAGGGCAGGCUGUCAGCAUCAAUAAGGCCAUCAACACACAGGAGGUCGCUGUCAAAGAGAAGCAUGCCAGGACCUGCAUCUUGGGGACCCAUCAUGAGAAAGGCGCCCACACUUUCUGGGCAGCAGUCAACCGGCUACCCCUCUCCAGCAACGCGGUGCUCUGCUGGAAGUUCUGCCACGUCUUCCACAAGCUGCUGCGCGACGGACACCCAAACGUGAUAAAGGACUCCAUGAGGAACAAGGCUGAUUUAACUGAUAUGAGCAGGAUGUGGGGUCACCUGAGUGAAGGCUAUGGGAAGCUGUGCAGCAUCUACCUCAAACUGCUCAUCACCAAAAUGGAGUUUCACAUCAAAAACCCCCGUUUCCCCGGCAACCUGCAGAUGUCAAACAGACAGCUUGACGAGGCGGGAGAGAAUGAUGUUAACAACUUCUUCCAGUUGACAGUAGAGAUGUUCGACUACCUGGAGUGUGAGCUCAACCUCUUCCUGGGUGUAUUCAGCUCUCUAGACAUGUCUCGGUCGGUGUCGGUGACAGCAGCGGGUCAGUGUCGUCUGGCCCCCCUCAUCCAAGUCAUCCUGGACUGCAGCCACCUGUAUGACUACACCGUUAAGCUGCUGUUUAAGCUGCACUCCUGCCUUCCAGCAGACACUCUCCAGGGCCACAGAGAUCGCUUCCAGGAACAGUUUAAAAAGUUAAAGGGUCUGUUCUACCGCUCCAGUAACUUGCAGUAUUUCAAGAGGCUGAUUCAGAUCCCACAGUUGCCUGAGAACCCUCCUAACUUCCUCCGUGCGUCAGCUCUGUCGGAGCACAUCAGCCCCGUGGUCGUGAUCCCAGCCGAGUCCUCAUCCCCCGAGUCAGAGCACAUGGUGGAGACGGACGACCUGGUGGACACAGACAUCCCCUCACUGCCGGCUGCUUUGGAGACCAAGUUCGAUGACCUCUUCGGCACCUCAGCUGCUAUAGACCCAUUCAACUUCAACAGUCAGAAUGGCAUGCGCAAGGACGACAAAGACCGUCUAAUUGAACAGUUAACGAGGGAGAUCCAGGCCCUCAAAGAAGAGCUCGAGUCUUUCAGACUGGAGAGCGGUCGGUUGUGUCAAGUGCUGAGGGGACGUGUCAGUGAGCUGGAGGCAGAGCUCGCCGAGCAGAGCCACCUGAGGCUGCAGGCUGUGGGAGAGAGCGAGUUCCUGAAGGCCGAGCUGGACGACCUGAGGAGGGUCAGAGAGGACACAGAAAAGGAGCAGCGGAGCCUGACGGAGAUAGAGAGAAAAGCUCAGGCCAAUGAACAACGCUACACCAAACUUAAGGAGAAGUACUCAGAGUUGGUUCAGAGCCAUGCAGACUUGCUGAGGAAGAACGCAGAGGUGACCCGGCAGAUGACGGUGGCUCGGGCAGCACAGGAUGAAGUGGAUGCAGUGAGGAAAGAGAUGCAAGACAAGGUGAAGACUGCCCAGGACGCUGCAGACAGACAGGAGAGGGAACAACUGGAGCAGCUUCAGGAGCUCCAGAGAGAGCUGGUGUCCAGCCGUGCGGAGCUGGACUCCCUGAAGACUACCAUGGCCUCGUCACAACAGUCGAGCGAGGUGCUCGGCACUCAGCUGGCCGCCCUGGAGUCUGAGAAGGUCCAGCUGAAGCAGUCCUUGUCGAAGGUGGAGGCGGAGCUGGUGGUCCAGGGAGAGGAGCUCGAGCGAGUCCAAAGCUCACUGGCGACUGAGAGGGAGAGCGGGGUGAAGACAGCGGAAGCCCUGCAGAAUCAGCUCAAUGAGAAGGAGAGCAGGGAGCAGGUGUUGGAGAGCCAGCUGGUAGCAGCUCGCUGGUCCAGUCUGCAGGGAGCUGUGGAAGAGGCCGAGAGGAUCAUCCAGGACUCGCUGGUUCAGAUAGACGACCCGGCACACAUCAGCUGCACCAGCUCCGCAGACUACCUAGCAUCCAGAUGUCAGGCCUCUUUAGACUGUAUGGACCGGCUCCAUUCUGCCAGAGAGGCCUUCCUAGCUGACAACACAGGUGUGUCAGAGCUGCUACGAGUGGUGACCCAGUGUGGCCACCUGCUGGGAGACACCAUCGUUCAGGGUAGUGCCACCUCCCACAUGGUGCCUGUUGAGCAAGCUGAUGCCCUGUCAGAAAGUGUGAAGGCGUGCGGGGCUGAGGCUCUGGCUCUGCUAGGACAGAUGAAGCAGCAGGACAGCAUGGCUGCAGCUGACAACGGCAAACUGAAGGCAGUUCUGGAGGCCAUCCUGGCCACCGCAGAGAAUCUGCGUCCUCGGGGUUUAGAGCUACAGCAGGGGGAGCUGGGAGAUCUUGUGGAGCAGGAAAUGGCUGCCACUUCUGCUGCUGUGGAGUCAGCUGCUGCCAGGAUAGAGGAAAUGCUCAACAAGUCUCGAGCAGUUGAUACAGGGAUCAAGAUGGAGGUCAAUGAGAGGAUCUUGGCCUCUUGCACAGAGCUGAUGCAGGCGAUCAAGGAACUCAUUCUGUCUUCCAAAGAUCUGCAAAGGGACAUUGUCGAGAGUGGCAGGGGGGCAGCCUCCAUGAAGGAAUUUUAUGCCAAGAACUCCCGCUGGACUGAGGGGCUGAUCUCUGCCUCCAAAGCAGUGGGAUGGGGCGCCACAGUCAUGGUGGAUGCUGCUGAUCUGGUGGUGCAAGGCAAAGGGAAGUUUGAGGAGUUGAUGGUGUGUUCACAUGAAAUAGCUGCCAGCACUGCACAGCUAGUGGCUGCCUCUAAGGUAAAAGCAGACAAAGACAGCGGCAACCUGCACCGUCUGCAGCAGGCAUCCCGGGGCGUCACACAGGCCACCGCAGCUGUCGUGGCCUCCACCAAGUCUGGGAAGUCCCAGAUUGAAGAGACAGAUACAAUGGACUUCUCCAGCAUGACUCUCACACAGAUCAAACGACAAGAGAUGGAUGCACAGGUGCUGGUCCUGGAGCUGGAGACUCGUCUGCAGAAGGAGCGAGAGCGUCUCGGCGAGCUGAGGAAGAAGCAUUACGAGCUAGCCGGGGUAGCAGAGGGCUGGGGCGAGGAAGAGGAGGGCACAGGUUGAGACCUGUCACCCCCACCUCCUUCAUCCCCCUCCUCUACCAUAAGACCGGCUUCUGUCUGCCUCUUCCUAUUUAUACACACACUUUUCAGCCUAUUUCUCCCUUGUUUUCUUCUCUCUCCUUUUUUUUGUUUGUUAUCUAAGCCAAAUGAAAAGGUGCUUCUUUUCUAAACCUGCUUCUCCACCCGUGUCUGGAAGCUUCCAUAAAGGACGGCACCAAGGGCUCAGCGACGUGGGGGGUCAGAGGGAGGAGGAGCAAAUGGAUGUAAGGAUUUGGGGAGGGGGGGGGCUACAGUGCAGAUCCAACUUCACGGCCUCAUUUCCCCCCUGCCUCUCCCCCGGGACACUGUUGGUGAAAAGCAGUGAUGAAGUCGAUCCGUUAGGUCGAGUAUUUAUUGUCUUCUUCUUCCUCUUCUUCCCUGGUUUUUAUUAACGGAGAGUCGCAGCAGAGACACUACAAGCACAAGGUCUACUCAAGACAUCCCAGGAUGCACUGCACAAGGGCCAAACUCUCAGCAGAAACAGGGGGGGAUCAGUGACUGUCUGCCCCCUCCCAGCCCCAAAAUCAUGUCUCUGUGUAACAUAGAUGGCAUGCAUGCCCUCCUAUUAAGACAGGUGUUGUUGGUCUACGUUGUGAGCUUAUAAAGCUGUGGGAGCCCGGGUUGCUGUUCAUCUGUCGGUGCAGAUUCCUAUUCUUUUCUCACUGUGAAUUCUCACCUUGUUAAGUCCACACCGCUUCACUGGCUGGUUCCCUGGACUUUCUGCCUUUCGCCUCCUCACCAUUGUAACGACCGUGACUGUUAACUUGAGCCCUCCCUUUUUUUCUUUCUUUUUUCUUCUCUAUAUUUAAACAGACACUUCCCUGAUAACUCUUAAAGCCAGAACAUGGAAGUAGCACACAGAACAGUCUUCUCCCCGUGAGCAUUUCAGACUGCCGACUACCUCGCGCCGUGUCGUCAGAGGUCAAAGGUGUCACGGGGAGGUCCAGAAGUGUUGCUCAAACACUAAUGACAUGGGGUCAUUUUUGUCAUUUCCCCUUUUAAGUUAGUAAAAGAGGGUAGUGGGAGGAAACCCUCUAUUUUAUAUAGAAAAACGCCCCCCCCCCCUUAUUGGUGCAUAUUCUUAGAUGUCUUUCGGUGGUCAAGCAGCAUUACUACAACCCUGUCACAGAAGCCGCAGCAGCUUUGGAGGUAAAGCUGGCAUCCAGUCCCAUAAUGAACUGCUAACGGCGUUGUCCUCUGACAGACAGCAAGUAUCUGUUCCUCCUGGAGACGUAAUGACCUGCCAGCAGGACGACCGGGCUCCUGGUGAGGAUGAUAAUCCUUUUAGGGUAUUGCAGGGGACAGGACUGCCCGCUCAGUCAGAUAAAUCUGCCGAAGAAGCAAAUGUAAAUCCUUCAAAGUUCUGACAUUUUCAAAUCAAAGUUGAAUGUUAGAUUUUAAGAGUUUGAGGCCAUCCCACUGCACAAACCUUUACUGAUGAAAUGUUAAAAGAUUUACCUGCCUCUUCAAAUACCCUGCAGGACUGAUGGUUGACUGCAGUUUUAUGAAAUUCAACACUCUGCGUUGCCGGGACCACAGUGGACUCUGAAGUAUGCAGUACACAGACUGCAGUGUUUUCAAUAGCUUCCUCAAGACCACGUAGCUGUGUAUAUAAACUACAAGCCUUUUAUUGUUGGAAAUAAUCUUUUGCUUUCUUUUAAUGGCAUCAAUUUUUGCAUCUCUACAAGUAAGGAUUCAGUUUAAUUGAAUAAGGGAUACAAAAUGGUGCACAUGAACGCCACAUAUAACUAAUAUAAGUCAUUAUUUCCUCCGUAAGAGUUUGUUAUUUAACAGAAUUUCCUACUGAGACUGAUGAACUGACUUCCAACUUGUCUCCAGUGGACUGCGAGAAGACUUACCAUACCUUUAUGUAAAAACCAUGAAUUGAGCGGGCAUCCAUUUUGAACCCUUUCUUUUUGAUGAUGGCAAUGGUUAUUCUCUUGGAGUUUGUCUUUCUCUGUGUCUUAACAUACUUAGUUUGGACGCUCCGCUUCAGCUGUGUAUCUCUAAAAAGUUGUGACACUGGGUAUUUAACAGACGCUGGUCAAAUAGUAUUUGCCAAUAAUUCUUACAAGCAAGAACCUUAAAAAAAAAGGUUUAAACCUCUUGGAUCAGCAGAUUGUUGAAUCACAAAUCAUUGUGAAUCAGUGAAUCAUUCAAUUCACUUUGAAAUAUUGUUCCCAUUCGACACCACCCAUCUGCUGCACCAACCAGGUUAAAACAAACAGCAAGUAUUAUUUGCAGUACUGUUGGCUCCGGGUCUUUGUAUUUAAUAAUGAUUUUAGCUGUGUUCUGUCACUUCUCCCACACAUGGGCAAAACGGUAGCUGAUUUCAUUAGAAGAAUUGGAAUAUAAAAGAAAAAAAAAAUACCAUAAAAGAAGGAUACAUCCAUUUUUUAUGGUAUUUCAAGUGUCUUGAAAGAUUGAAUUGAAUUGAAUUGAAUGCACCUUGAGUGAUGUUUGGUUGUAUUUUUUUUUCUUUUUCUUUUUCUGCCCAGAUAUUCUUUAUUAACCUCCCUCUCUCUUUGUCUCUUCUCUCUCUCUUGGGUCUGUGUCUGUAGUCCUACCAGCUCAGCCAGCCUUUCAAACUGCCUCACACUGUAGUCAAAGAGAAGCAAAUACUCACAUAGCAACAUUGAGAUAUGUCUUUGUAUGAUAUACUAAAACUUUGUUGGUGGGUUUGUUUUUAUUUUUUCAGUUUUUAAAAUAAAUAUUUCAACUCGUUAAUACAGAA